GCGGGUUUGACACAAUAAUUUCUGCUUUUUGAGAAAUCCUCCGCGGCUGUGACUUUGUCUGGAUAAGGAGAGCAGCCGUGACGCGGGGGGAGAGGAAGGAGGCGCUCGGAGCCCCGGCGGAGCUCCGAGAGGAGCGGGGGGAUACACCCGGCACAGGCGGGGAAUACACCCGGCACAGGCGGGGACGGACCGGGGACGGAGCACGGAGCCGGGGACGGAGCCUGGACGCUUCACGAUCUCAGUGGUGCUUGGCAUGAUGGGAUUUCUGAAGUUCUGAAGAAGAAGCACAUCUAAAACGGAGAGAGAUUUGAAGGAAGGUGUUUGCUGCAUCGGUCAGGAGUGCAUGGUCCCCCUUGAGACCCAACCCUCCCACUUGGACGUCCCUUCAACUUUUGUUUGAUAUCAGUGACCGUCAAACAAAAGAACAAGAAUGUGCAAUAAGCCCAGUGUGGGGGGCCUCAGGUUAAGCGGGGGCUUCCAUGUGAGGCCCUCCAGAACUCAAGCCUUGCUGCUAGGCUUGGUUCUGGCUGCGCUGGGCUGUUUUCCCCUGGCCUGUGCAGAAAUGGAGAUGCUGGGGGGCAUGGUGCUGAUAGAGACAGGCAAUGGCUUGGGAGGGGAAGAGCUGGAGGCGUCUAUGAGCUCUUCGCUGCUCCACGGCUUUCACGAAUUGCCAGAUGGCCUCCAGCCGAUGGAUGCCACUGAGGCGCCGGCAAACCAACAGGACACAGCGUUUUUCCCAGACUCUUCAGCAACCGUGGGCCGCAUUUUCCAAAUCAGCGUGCCAAACAAGAUGGAACAUGUUUACCUGGGUGACUUGAAGAUUACGGAACUGGGGAAGGAAACCCUUCCUGACUGGCUGCACUGGGAUGCCAGCAGCAGAAUCCUGCGGGGUCUACCUUUGGAAGAGGAUAAAGGAGUCCAUUACAUAUCCAUAUCCAUCUCCAACAACACAAAAGCCUCCUCCUCAGAGAUGUUUUCCAUUGAGGUACACCCCGAAGACCACUUGGAUGUAGAUUCAGCACAGCUGCUGUCUGAGCAAGCCUCGACUGAAGAUGAGCCGUUCAUAUGUGGAAAUGAGGAACCAGUCACAGUACUGACAGUGAUUCUGGAUGCUGAUUUAACCAAGAUGAGCUCUGAGCAGAGGGUAGAGCUCCUGGAUAACAUGAGAAGCUUCUCCAGGGUGGAGCUCCAGCACAUGAAGAUGCUCCCCGUGGUCAACAACAGGCUGUUUGACAUGUCUGCAUUCGUGGCAGGGCCUGGUAAUGCCAAAAAGGUGGUGGAGAACGGUGUCCUGUUAUCAUGGAAGCUUGGCUGCUCACUGGACCAGAGCACAGUUCCAAAUAUUAACAGUGUCCAGGGUCCUGCAAAGGAAGGCACGAUGUCAGCCCAGCUGGGAUACCCGGUGGUGGGGUGGCACAUCGCCAACAAGAAACCCCAUGUCCCCAAGAGGGUGAGGCGGCAAUUAAACAACACCCCAACUCCUGUUCUGGCAGUUGUUCCUCCAACAACAGUAGUGGAGCCACCAGUGAGAAUUGUCCCAACACUUUCCUCUCCCUCUGUGGCUGCACCGACAGAAAGUUCUGCCCCACCUGUAAGAGGCCCAGUUCCCCUUCCAGGAAAGCCUACAACCAGAGUUCGUGACCCUAUUGCCCACACCCCAACAACAGAGCCUCCUCAGCCAACACUUGUAAUGGAGACCACCAGCACCAUUCCUAUCCAGCCAACCAUGACCAGGCCUACCUACGUAGAAGCCACAGCCACAGCCACACCACCCAGAACAACCAAAAAACCACCCAAGAAAGACAAGAAACCCAAAACCACUCCUGGUCCUAGAGAGCCAUCCAAAACUACCACAGUCAAGCCCCCCAGAAGGACUACACCAUCACCAGCUGUUAUUUCCGAUCUACACAAUGAGAAACCGGUCUUGAGAAACCCCAUUGACCAGGUCAAUGCUUUGGUGGGCACAUAUUUUGAAGUUAAGAUCCCAUCUGAUACAUUUUUUGACAAAGAAGACGGAACGACAGAUAAGCUGCGUCUCACUCUGAGACAGAAACACAACGAAGUGGUCGGAGAUGGAUCCUGGAUCCAGUUCAAUACCACUAGCCAACUCCUCUAUGGCCUGCCUGACAGCACAGAUGUGGGUAAACACGAAUACUUCAUGCAGGCAACUGACAAAGGUGGCCUUAAUGUAAUUGAUGCUUUUGAGGUCCGUGUGAAGCGCUGGCCUGCAAAUGACAAAACCCCUGUCAUAUUCACAGCCCGCUUCGAAGGAGAACCUCGUUCAGUAACAAAUGACAUCCAUAAGAAGAUCCUUCUGGUUAAGAAGCUGGCGUAUGCGUUGGGAGACCGCAACAGCAGUACAGUGAGCUUAAGGAACAUCAGCAGCGGAUCUAUUUUAGUGGAGUGGACGAACACUAGCCUCCAGCAGCACCCGUGUCCAAGGGAACAACUCGCAGUGAUGAGCAGAAGCCUUGCUAAUGCUGAUGGGAGACCCUCACAGACAUUCAAGUAUGCCAUGGAGCCCGAAUUCAGACCAUUGGAUGUCAAGGUGAGGGGCAAAGCGAGCUGCAGAACAUAUUCGUUCAUCCCACCCGCAGUUUUUGAGGUAGCAGAACCCAUCGCAGUCACUCCAGGUGUGGGAUCAAGCCGGCACAGCACAGAUGACGUCUACCUUCACACGGUCAUUCCUGCUGUGGUGGUGGCAGCAAUUCUGUUGAUAGCAGGAAUUAUUGCCAUGAUCUGCUACAGGAAGAAACGUAAAGGCAAGCUCACCAUUGAAGACCAGGCCACCUUCAUCAAAAAAGGUGUGCCAAUCAUUUUUGCAGAUGAACUUGAUGACUCUAAGCCUCCUCCAUCUUCCAGUAUGCCCCUGAUUCUCCAGGAGGAGAAGCCCCCUCUUCCUCCUCCUGAAUACCCCAACAUGGGUACACCAGAAACCACUCCCCUUAACCAGGAGCUGCUGGGGGAGUACACAGCUCUCAGAGACGAGGACCCUAAUGCGCCUCCCUAUCAACCACCACCCCCCUUCACUACUCCUAUGGAGGGCAAAGGAUCCCGUCCCAAGAACAUGACUCCCUACAGAUCUCCCCCGCCUUACGUGCCACCCUAAGACUUGUUUACCCCUCCCUUGAAACGGUGGAGGGAAGACGAUGCCUGAGAAACUUUGAUGGUUUCCAUUCUGGUGUUUUUCAAACUGGACAUUUUCAACGAGAGAUGGGUGAGAGGUGCUAAAGUACAAAACAGCUAUAGGGGGUUUGGGAGGGGUACAGAUGGGCUGGGGGGUCAUGGUGGACAGAUGGGAGGAUCUGUUGCAGCAGCUGGGUGAGACUACUGUUUCAUUGGUAGCCCAACCACUCCAAUCGCCUGAGACAAACACAUUUUGGUUCGACCAGUUGGUCGGAAGCAACAAGUGGGAGAAAUGUUCUCCCUUCCCAGCAUUUUAUUCGAUUUUUUUUUUUAGAUUUGGAUUCUGGAUUCUACUUCACUUUUUUUUCCUUUUUAUCCCAAGACUUUCUUUUCCCUCUCUGGACUGAAGUAUUUCUUUAACAACCCUUCUUCUGUCUUGUUUUUAAACAUUAUGAGAAGACAUAAGACUAUCAUCAGACCACUGCAGGAAAUAAUUUGUAUUUUCAAUAUGAAAUAGAAGAUUCUGUAAGUGGAGAAAAACUCCGAGCUCAGGUCACCCCUGCAGACAGAGCCGUUUCUUCCUCUCCACAGAUGCACAGGUCCCUCCUGCGGCCACCAGGGGGCUCCAAACCACCAGGUUAAUCUCAGCAUCCAUAUUUGUUGGAGUAAUAAAAUGAGCUGUCUCCAUUUGUAUAAGGAAAUUAAGAACUUCACGGCGGAGAGCUGAAAUCAACACUCAAAUAUGCACCAACUGUUUGGAUCCAAAAUUUGUGAUACCAAAGUUGUGGCAAAUUUGCUAGUUUCUAAAACUCAAAAUUCAGAGUUUUCUCCCUUUUUUAAAAAGUGAAUUUUUCAGUUUUUCCUUUAACUGUACUCGUUUCCCUGAUGCAAGCCUUUAUGUCCUCGAAAGGGUUUCUGAUUCCAUUGUGUUAGCUCAGCUAAGUUGUAUGCUAGCUAGUUUAUUUAGCUCAGCUUGAAUUAGAAGUUCAGAUCUACACUGCAAAAACUAAAAAUCUUAACAAGAAUAUUUGUCUUAUUUCUAGUUAAAAUGUCUCAUUUUUAGUCAAAAAAUCUCAUUACACUUAAAACAAGACUCAUCACUCGAAAAAAAAAAAACAAUUUUCACCUGU